AACCGAACCCGUACGUUUUAUAUAUCGCAUCCGAAUUCGAAUUGCGACCGACGCCCGCGCCGAUUAAUCGACGAUAAUACGCUCGGCGGAGAUGAUAUGAUGGGGAUAUGGGCUAAUCUGAUGGAUAGGAGGAGUUGGUGAUGAGCCCGAGGCUGGUGGCGAUGACCGCAAACCCCAGCGCCAAGAGAAGGAUAACGUCGCAUCAACAUCAUCUGAGAUUAUUGAUCACAACAUCUCGGGCAUUGGAAGCCAUGAUUCUGGCGCACACAAGCUAUGCAUGGCGAUUUCAUCUCACCAAACGUGCCUGCUCUGUCUCCCGAGCAAAAAGAUUUAGCCCAGAAGGUUGUCUUCAACACGAAGCGAUGCAAUGUAUUCUGCACAGGUGUGGCGGGAUCUGGCAAGUCGACGGUCCUCAAAUUCAUCAUAAACGAGUUACGACUCCGAGGGAGGACCAGAUAUACUUUUGUGAAUAUCACGACUGCUUUUGCGCCAAAAAGAAAUGGGCUUUUCAGUGUCGUGCAUGGGAGAGGUGCAACUUCUUUCAUUAUGAGCUGAAGACUAUUCACCGACAGCGAGACCAAAUCUUCACCGGAAUCCUCCAGAAAAUUCGAGUCGGAGACGCUCUCUCUUAUGGUCAGACCAACCUGUUCAUGAACCAUGUGUCCGCUGUGGAAAAUACUACCAGAAUCGUCCCGACCGAUGGAGAGGCACGCGAGAUCAAUCAGUGCAAGUUUGGCCAAUUGAACACAGAACUGGUCACAUACAAGUGCUUGGACAAUUUCCAAUGGAACAAGAAGAGGCAUCCCAACCUCGAAAGCAAGGGCACCCGCCUGGAAGACGGCUCUUUGUUGGCAUUGAGCCACCAUCGCUGUGAGCGUCAGCUCGAGCUCAAGCCUGGCACCUAUGUUGUCUACAUAGGCUCAAACAAACCCCUCAAGAGUACACAAGGUGUGAUUCGCGAAUUCCGACCUUUCGAUACCAAAAAUCCCCCUUACUCAGAGCCAGGCAAGAAGCGCCUAUUUGCACCGAGGGGCCUCUGUGAAGCUCAUGUUCCAGUCUGGGACUCGCAGAUUCACAAGUACAUCGACAGUGCUGAGAAGAAGAUGUGGCCGGUUGUGGAGUUCCUUGACGGCAAGACCGAAGUCAUCUACGCAGAGUGCGAGUUCCUUAACGUUGGCAAUACGAUGCCUUACAGUACCCUCACUCGUACCCAGAUCCCGUUGGUCCCUGCGUGGAGUAUGAGUGUUAAUCAAUGCCUAUCUCUCACUCUUGACCGAAUUAUAGUCGAUCUAUCGAAGGCCUGGGAGGAAGGCCAACUCUACAUGGCCUUGUCGCGAGCAUCCGCUUUGAAGGGUCUGAGAGUCGAGGGCGAUCCUAAGGAUUUGGUGGCUGGAAAGGGUGGAAAUCCUGACGCUAAGGAUUUCUACGACAGCUUCGAUAUUGGAACGCUAUUUUGGGGAAUUUGAUCACAGGGUAUUCGGAUUCGGAUUCAGGCGUUCGUUGCACUAGGCAGAUACCCAGGUUUGCUUGGCUUUAAGGGUGGUAUGAAUGUACAAUAGGUUGGGGAUGAAUAGGUUCGCUUGCCCUUUCCCUUUUAAGUGGUCGUCUCGACGUGCCUACGUUUAUGGGGUAUUUGUAGAAUGGAAAUUACGUUAUGACUCAUGUGGUGUCGACGAAGAUAUCGUGA